AUGAGUCAAUCACUUUCUGUUCCUCCGUAUUUUGACGGAAGUAAUUAUGCCUAUUGGAAGGUUAGAAUGCGUGCGUUUCUUAAGUCUUUAGAUGAGCAUGUUUGGUUAAGUGUGCAAAAUGGUUGGAAACCUCCCUCUACUAGCAUAUCAGGAACUGUUAACCUUACCGAUAUAUCACUGUGGACUAAGGAUGAACUAGCUGAGUGUAAUUGGAAUAGCAAGGGUCUUCAUGCCCUGUUUAUGGCCAUAUCUCCCGAAGAGUUUAGGAGAGUGUCAAUGUUUGAAGAAGUAAGAAUGAAGGAUGAUGAAACGUUUGACGAAUUCUAUGCUAAAUUAAAUGACAUUGUCAAUUCUAGCUUCAAUCUAGGUGAGAAAAUUCCCGAGUCUAAAAUUGUGAGAAAAGUGCUUAGAUCCUUGCCCGAGAGAUUUAGACCUAAAGUCACUACCAUUGAGGAAAGUAAGGACCUAGAUGAAGUUAAAAUUGAAGAACUGGUAGGAUCGUUGCAAACUUAUGAACUCACUAUUACACAACCUAAGAAAGGUAAGUCCAUAUCCCUAAAAUUCAUCAAAGAAGAUGAAUCUUCUGAUACUGAGUCACUUAGGGACGAGGAAAUUGCAUACUUUGUUAAGAAAUUCCAAAAAGUUCUCAAGAAUAGAAGAAAACCUCAAGAUAAAAAGAGUAGAGCCCCUAACAGAUUCACAAAAGCAAAAACUGAAACUUUUAACAAUAAAGGGUCGAGUGAUAAACCACGUUUGGUUAGGUGCCAUGAGUGUCAAGGUAUAGGUCAAUAUAGAAAUAAAUGCCCUAGUUAUAAGAAGAACCAAAGAAAAGGGAAAGGUAAGGCCUUAGUUGUCUCACUCACAGAUAAUGAAUCUGAGACCAGUGAUAGACAGGAUUCUUCUAGUAGUGAGGACGAAGGAAACUACAUGGCAUUUGUAUCGACUGUUAAGAGUGAAUCUGAUAGGGAAAGUGACAAGGUUAAGGAAGAACAUUCUAACGAUAAUUCUAGUAAUGAAGAUGAGGAUGAGAUAGACAUACAAGAAGCUUAUCAACUUUUAUUUAAGGAGAGUCUUAGAAUCAAAAAGAUUUUCAUUAGUGGGACUAAGAAAUUGGACAAUAACUUGGGAAUGAAUAAGCCUGCAGGAGAUAGGAAGGGUCUAGGAUAUGUUAAGAAUAACUCACUUGUUGCUGGACCUUCUAAAACAGUUUUUGUUUCUGCAUCUAAGAAAGUAAAUGCUGUAAGUAGUUCAAAUAAGGGUAAGAAUGUUCCGAGAGAACAGAAUCAUCAAUCACAUAGAAACUCCAUACCCAGAUACCCACAGCCACGUACCUUUAAACCUAGGUUCAUUCCCACCUGUCACCACUGUGGAGCUCUAGGACACACUAGACCUAAAUGCUAUAAGUUAGGCAAUGAGCGUAGAAAUCAGAACAUUCCUAGUCAGGUUAGCUUUCUGUCUAAUCAAGUUAGUCAUUUGACUGAGAUGCUUACUAAGCUUACUAGGAGUACCUUAUCAUCUAAGAAAGUUUGGGUCAAAAAGGGCGAUUUAGCUAGACAUUCAAGUCAAGAUAAGUGUUUUGUUGCUCAUGUUGCAUUAAAAGCCCAAAAUUACAAUAUGUGGUACCUAGACAGUGCAUGUUCUAGGCAUAUGUGUGGUAAUAAGGCUUUGUUUACUACUCUUGAUAAAUGGUUACCUUUGGAGAUGGAGGUUCUGCACCUAUUCUUGGCAAAGAGAUGUACUGUGUAUGAUUCAUCUGGUGGGGUAGUUCUUGAAGGGGUUAGAACAGCUGAUAAUUGUUAUGGAGUCUUGCCUAAUUCUAACUAUGUAUGUAGGAGUGCUAAAAUUGAUGUGAGUGAACUCUGGCACAAAAGGUUAGGUCACUUGAACUAUAAGAGUCUAGUACAACUAGCUAAGAAAGAGUUAGUAGAUGGUUUGCCUAAGAUAGGUCCUAGUGAACAUGCUGUGUGUGGACCAUGUCAACUAGGGAAACAACUCAAGGGAAACCAUAAGAAGACUUCUAAAAUUCUGACCAAAAGACCCUUAGAAUUGAUACACAUGGAUUUAAUGGAACCAUCUAGGACUGAGAGUUUAGGUGGUAAGCGAUACAUUCUAGUUGUGGUAGAUAACUUCUCGAGGUUCACAUGGAUAGAAUUGCUUCGGGAAAAAUCUGAUGCAUGUGAUCUCAUAAAGUCUUUGUGCAAACGAUUUAGCAAUGAACUAAAUCUCAAAGUGUCUAGAAUGCAUAGUGACCAUGGAAAGGAGUUCGAGAACUUUAAUCUCGAAAGUUUCUGCAUGGAUGAAGGCAUAUUGCAUGAGUUCUCUUCCCCUAUCACUCCUCAACAAAAUGGAGUGGUUGAAAGGAAGAAUUGGGUUCUUCGGGACAUGGCUAAAGCCAUGCUUCAUGGCAAGGGACUAGCCUUACAUUUUUGGGGAGAAGCUGUUAACACCGCAUGCCACAUAAUUAAUAGAGUUUACCUUAGACCCAAGACCGAUCAGACUCUAUAUGAAAUACUUAAGGGUAAAAAGCCUACUGUUAAGUACUUUCGAGUGUUUGGGAGUAAGUGCUACAUUUUGUGUGAUAGAGAGAACUUGAGUAAGUUUGAAUCGAAGAGUGAUGAAGGAAUCUUCCUAGGAUACUCUAGAAAUAGCCGAGCAUUCAGGGUGUACAACUUACGUACUCGUGUGGUGAUGGAGUCAGUAAAUGUUGUGAUAGAUGAUGUUGUGAGUGAGGGGGAGAGUGUUGAAAAUUGUGAUGAAGAUGGAGAUCUUAUAAGUUCUAAUGAUCCUACUGAGAUACCUAUGUCUGAAUCAUCACUUAAAAAACCUGAAACACCUGAAAAGAAAACAUUUCCACAAGAUCGAGAUAAAGAUCCUGAGGAACCAUCGACUAGGGUUAAGUCUAAUCAUCCUAAAGACAAUAUCAUUGGGGAUCUAGAUGAGGGUAUGAGGCUUCGUAGGAGAGUACUGAACAAUCUAGCAUACACUAGCUAUGUAUCUCAGGUAGAACCUAAAAAGGUUGAAGAGGCUCUUGGUGAUGAGUGUUGGGUGGAUGAGAUGCAUGAGGAGCUCAAUCAAUUUGCUAGGAACAAUGUGUGGAUCUUAGUUCCCAGACCUGAGAAUUGUAAUGUUAUUGGUACUAAGUGGAUCUUUAAGAAUAAGACAGAUGACCAGGGUACUAUAACUUGGAAUAAGGCUCGAUUAGUUGCUCAGGGUUAUACUCAACUGUUGCUUGUACCUUAG